GAUCCACCCCAACUUCACUUAGUAUAUAAGGCCCCGGCUCAUCCUUUCAAACACAACGAAUCACCAAAGAAGGAUUACCACUAUCGGAAGAUGAAGUCUGUUAUCUGCCUGAGUCUAGUUUUGUUGGGCUGCGUUUGCGCCCAAAGAAGAGCUCCUCCCCAGCAAUACUCCAACCUCAACCAGGUCCCAAUAGUAUCCUACACCAACGAGCACAACUUCGACGGCUCUUAUUCUUACAGCUACGAGACCGGAAACGGUAUCUCGGCGAAGGAACAGGGUUAUCUGAAGAACCCCGGCCAGAAAGACCUGGAGGCUCAGACCGCCCAAGGAAGCUACACCUACACUGCUCCUGAUGGUCAAGUUAUCACCCUCACCUGGUUCGCCGACGAGACGGGAUUCCACGCCGAAGGUGCUCAUCUCCCUACGCCGCCCCCGGUCCCUGCCGCACUCGCCAGGGCUCUUCAGCAAACAGGACCUCCUCAACAGGCUCAGUUCUUCCAAGGAAAAUAAUUACGAUUCACCGGCUGAUAUGUGAUCUAAUGUACGGUCUAUUUUUGUAUUGUAAUGUAUAUUUUAUAAAUAAAUAAUUAUUAUUUUGAUUUUAA